UGAAAAGCCCGGACAGGUGAAUUGCCUCCGUUUCUCCCACAUCUGCGGAUUUCAGCUCUUCGACCCACACAAUGGCUUCAAUGCUACCAACUCGGGCGGCCAGGACCAUCGCCUGUUCCGCAUGCCGUACUAUCGUUUGUCCUAGCACGAUUGGAUCCGCCUCCCUCCUCCGUCGUGGUCUGUCGACAUCCACCGAGCAGACACCGGUCGAUUAUGCAGACAAGCCUCGAUGGUCCUAUACCCCUCCCCUUGCAAAAGCCCCCUUCAGCCUGCGAUUGAAUACCAAGAGACGUGAAUACCCUGUCAACGCCGAUCCGAAGGUCCUUGACGAAUUCUACAUCCGCAUGCUAGGCAAUGAUGGUGACAAGCUCCUCUCGGACGAAACCAAAUGGCUGGCCGUGACGCACAAGAGUUUCGAUCAGGGUCGAAGAGGAUUCAACGACCGUCUGGCUUUCUUAGGACGACGGAUCGUUGAGUUACAGGCUUCUCUGGCCAUGGUGCAGAGCCCCGGAAGUGCGGCAUCCACUGCUACCCCCGAUGCGUUUGACCGUGUGCCCUUCACGCACCCGGCAUUGGAUGGCCUGGAGAACCUCACCCGUAACAAGAAUUUCUUGGUAGGCAAAGCACAAAUUGCGGAGGUUGCGCAGAAGUAUGAGCUGCAGAAGGUCCUGAGAUGGAGUCCUCGGAAGCCUAACAACCUUGCGAGCUCCGGAAUCGAACUUGUUCUUGCCCACACGAUGUAUGCGAUUGUCGGUGCCAUCUCCCUGGAGAAGGGUGGUCUCGUUGCCAACAAGGUGACACGCGAGCGGAUAUUAGAACCUUUGGGAUUCAAGGCUUAAGUCGGGAUAUCAUUGUUGGGAAAUGGCCGCAGGAGCAUUUCGAGGCGUUAUCUCCUUUUCGCUUUCUUGUCUUUUUUUAUAUCUUGGAUGUUCUCUGUAUGUGUUGGGGGUUCUGGUCAUCCACCAUAUAUGUACUUUUACUACGACCAUGUCUUAUAUUGAUUUUCGAAUACCACCCGGAAGGAUCCUCUCCUCUGACGGGCCCUCUCUUGUGGAACGUGUUAAGAGAACGCGCAAAACACUAUGAGAAUAGAAUUGUUUAUUAAUAAUAGGUAUGUCCGGUUCCUCUGACACCGCCCGAGUAACAGAGUAAAAUACGCGGCCAGCUCUUAUGGAACCCUCUUUACGAUGCAUAGUCUUCGCGCCGCUGUAUCGCAAGUCAGCAAUGAAAAACUGGGACCAUCAUACAGAAUGUACGAUAACCCCAGAAAUCACAGAACGUAAUUUGUACUGCCUUGCAC